UGCAGGAUUGGUUGUUUUUUACGAAAUCCAAAGGAAAGUACUUAUUUUGUGUGGAGAACAAGAGUAGGGCAUCUCGUCAAUUGUCUCACCUAAAGCUUUCCGACAACGUCACCGAUGAUGGAUAGAUUAUUUCUCUGGAUUUGUCUCCUGUUUGUGGCUAUCCCUCUAACUGUGGCUGAGGACAUGAAGCGGGAGACGCGAAGUAAGGAGCAUGAGAAUGAUUCAGUUUGGAAUCAAGGGAAGUCCAGGCGUCUUUUCGCUAGGAGGCACACUUUCCUUGGUCACGGUCACCAAGUGGCAAAGCUGAAGCUGGUGCCCGCACUGCCUGUUCGUCGGUGUGCUCGAGUUACAGAGAACUGCUCGCCUCACACUGCCUGCUGCGACCCCUGUGCUUCCUGUCGCUGUCGCCUCUUCAACACCAUCUGUCACUGCUGGAGACUCAGCCCACACUGUCCUAAAAAGUCCUAGACACACACCCACAGACUGCUGUCUCACACUCACUUCUUCAUUCCAAGUCCACAGACUAAAAGUGAACACAUGCACGCACAGAGACACACACAGACCUUUGCUUGCUGGAUGCUGAUCUGAGUACAGCCAAGAACUACAAUCAGCAACUCACACAGUGCUCACACCCACUGUACAUCUACCUCAAACUAAACCUGAACAGACAGAACCCCAGGACACUCAACGUUUGGGGAUUCUUAAUGGUAAAGAUUAGAGUUACUUUCGUCAGCAAACAUAUUAAUCAAAUAGUCUGUUCUUACUGUCAAGAAAAUGGCUGAUGCUGAUGGACUAAAUCAACCUGGAAAACUGCUACUCAUUAUCUUUUCAUUUUAAGUUUACAACACAAAACCCUUCAUAACUAUAACAAGUUUGUUAAUCUUUGACAUCACUACGGUCCAGUUCAUACUGCAAAACAAUGAAGUUAAAAAAGGACCAGAAAUGUCAGUUAGACUGUGGAAAAAGACUACCAUUAAGACUCAAUCCAAAAAUGAUUGUCGAAAGGAACACUGGUAAACCCAUUCUGACUACCAAGCAGAUCGAUCCCAAACCAUGCUGAACACACAAGAACACAGGAUAAACACUUAUACACAACAAACCUGACUCCUACACACUUAUAUAUUACAUAUGUACAGCUAAUUGGGAGUUUUUUAUGUCUUCUGUAAGGAUUUAAGGUUUAUCGUUGAUGUUGAUAUCUGUGGGAUACUUUAAAACCCUCUGUGACAUUAAUGGUUAAUAGGGCGAUAUACAUGGAUUUGAUUAAGUCUUUUAUAUACUGACACAAUGGAGGCAUUGUGGAUAUGUUUUUCUGCAUCAAUUUUUCAUAAGAACUUGUAGCGAAGACCUGCAUCACUUCUGCUCUUCAAUAAGUAUCCUGUUCUCCCUUUGUUAUCCUCAUUGUAUUGCUGCUCUCAUGUCUAGCUGUUGGCAAAACAAUAUUGCACUGGGAUGCUCAUUUUACAGUAACUUCUCUCUGUAAUCCAAGCGUAUGGGGUUUACGUAACAUGGAAAUAAACAGUCGGUUAAUAAUUAUACAAAAGGUGCAUACAAGCAAAUUAAACAAAAGAUGCAGAAAGUGCAUAUCAAAUCACAAGUGGAAAAUCCAGUUGUCCAGAACAUUACUCUCUGAUAGGCAUAAAACACAUACAGUCACACAGCCUUACUCAGGGGCCUCUCAACACUCCCUCACAUGGUGAAAUAUUACUCAAUGGAGGAUUGGAAUAUGCAUGAAUUCAAAGAACACAGCCACAGCAGAUUGUAAGUUACUUAGACUUAAGUAGAUUCUACACAUUGUGGCCCAAAUUCAUCUGCUCACGUUGCAGAUCCCUGGUGUCGUGGGAGCCAUAGCUAACUUUUCAAACCAUGAAUGCACAACGCAGGAAUGCAUCAAUAUGAGUUGUAAUACAGUUAUAGCUGAUUCACGAUGCAAGGUGCCAGAA